UUAAGUACAGGGGUCAAGCUCUUUGCAUCUCUGGAGAAUUCAGUGGGUGUCGGAGCUAAGUCUUGGGACUAAGAGCUCUAUAUAUGAGUACCAAAAUAAUCCUGAGCAGGGAAAGGGAGAGAGGGAGGCAGCCUGCAGGAUUCUUCCUGCUGUUGAGAACUUACCCAGCUCUUCCAGAGGAUAUUUUUCCCCUCUUUUUUCCCUGAAUGUUUUCCCAAACAUGAAGGCAAUAACAUUAUUCAUUUUGGUGGGAUUUAUGGGAGAUUUUCAAAUGUUUUCAAGUGCCACCUCUCCAGUCAAUUGCCAGUGGGACUCCUAUGCCCCUUGGUCAGAAUGCAAUGGCUGUACCAAGACUCAGACUCGCAGGCGGUCAGUCUCUGUGUAUGGGCAGUACGGAGGCCAGCCUUGCCCUGGAAGUGCUUUUGAAACACAAUCCUGUGAACCUUCGAGAGGAUGUCCAACAGAGGAGGGGUGUGGAGAGCGUUUCAGGUGUUUCUCAGGCCAAUGCAUUAGCAGAUCAUUGGUCUGCAACGGGGAUUCUGACUGUGAGGAGGACAGUGCUGAUGAAGACAGAUGUGAGGACUCAGACAGGAAACCUCCCUGUGAUGUAGAAAAACCCCCUCCCAAUAUAGAACUUACUGGAAAUGGGUACAAUGCCCUCACGGACCAGUUUAGGAACAGAGUCAUCAAUACCAAAAGUUUUGGUGGUCAGUGCCGAAAGGUGUUUAGUGGGGAUGGAAAGGACUUCUACAGACUGAGUGGAAAUGUUCUCUCCUACACAUUCCAGGUAAAAGUAAACAAUGAUUUUAAUUAUGAGUUUUACAACAGUAGUUGGUCUUAUGUAAAACACACGUCGGCAGAACAUACAUCAUCUACUAAGAAGCGUUUCAUUUUUAGUUCUUCAUCAUCUUCUUCACGCGGUUAUACUUCAAAUACCAAUGAAAUCCACGAGAAAAAGAGUUAUCAAUUGUUGGUCAUUCAGAACAACGUUGAAGUGGCUCAGUUUAUUAAUAAUAAUCCAGAAUUUUUACAACUUGCUGAGCCAUUCUGGAAGGAACUCUCCAACCUUCCCUCUCUGUAUGACUACGGUGCCUAUCGAAGAUUAAUCGACCAGUAUGGGACGCAUUAUUUGCAGUCUGGGUCCUUAGGAGGAGAAUAUAGAGUUUUAUUUUAUUUGGACUCAGAAAAAAUUCAACAAAGUGGUUUUAGUUCAGGAGAGAAGAAGAAAUGUGUUUCCUCAGAUUUCCAUUUUGUUUUUAAAUCAUCAAAGCACGACUGCAAGGAAUUGGAAGAGGCUUUAAAAUCAGCUUCAGGAACCCAGAGCAAUACACUAAGAGGGGAACCGUUUGUCAGAGGGGGAGGUGCGGGCUUCAUAUCUGGCCUCAGUUUCCUAGAGCUGGACAAUCCUGCUGGAAACAAAAGGCGCUAUUCUGCCUGGGCAGAAUCUGUGACUAAUCUUCCCCAGGUCAUAAAGCAAAAGCUGACACCUUUAUAUGAGCUGGUAAAGGAAGUACCUUGUGCCUCCGUGAAAAGACUGUACCUGAAACGGGCUCUGGAAGAGUAUCUGGAUGAAUUUGACCCCUGUCAUUGCCGGCCUUGUCAAAAUGGUGGCAUGGCCAUUGUCGUGGGGACCCAGUGUCAAUGCCAUUGCAAACCAUACACCUUUGGUAUGGCGUGUGAGAAAGGAGUCCUCAUAGGGGAUCAAGCAGGAGGGGUUGAUGGAGGUUGGAGCUGCUGGUCUUCUUGGGGCCCCUGUGUUCAAGGAAAGAAAACAAGGAGCCGAGAAUGCAACAACCCACCUCCCAGUGGGGGUGGGAAAUCCUGCCCUGGAGAGACAACAGAAUAUGGGCCGUGCACAGACCAAGAGCUGGAGCACUUGCGAUUGCUUGAACCCCAUUGUUUUCCUUUGUCUUUGGUUCCAAAAGAAUUUUGUCCAUCACCUCCAGUCUUGAAAGAUGGAUUUGUACAGGAUGAAGGUACCAUGUUUCCUGUUGGGAAAAAUAUAAUGUACACAUGCAAUGAAGGAUACUCUCUUAUUGGAGACCCUGUGGCCAGAUGUGGAGAAGACUUACAGUGGCUUGCUGGGGAAAUGCACUGUCAAAAAAUUGCCUGUGUUCUGCCUGUAUUGAUGGAUGGCAUUCAGAGUCACCCACACAAACCUUUCUACAGCGUUGGCGAGAAGGUGACCUUUUCCUGUUCAGGUGGCAUGUCUUUAGAAGGUCCUUCAGCUUUUCUCUGUGGCUCCAGCCUUAAGUGGAAUCCUGAGAUGAAAAAUGCCCGCUGUGUGCAGAAAGAUGCUCCUUUAACACAAGCAGUGCCUGAAUGUCAGCUCUGGGAGAAACUUCAGAAUUCAAGAUGUGUUUGUAAGAUGCCCUAUGAAUGUGGAUCUUCCUUGGCUGUAUGUGCUCGAGAUGAGAGAAGCAAAAGGAUUCUGCCUCUGACAGUUUGCAAGAUGCAUGUUCUCCACUGUCAGGGUAGAAAUUACACCCUUACUGGUAGGGACAGCUGUACUCUGCCCGCCUCAGCUGAGAAAGCUUGUGAUGCGUGUCCACUAUGGGGAAAAUGUGAUGCCCAGAGCAGCAAGUGUGUCUGUCGGGAAGCAUCAGAGUGUGAGGAAGAAGGGUUCAGCGUGUGCGUGGAAGUGAACGGCAAGGAGCAGACGAUGUCCGAGUGUGAGGCGGGCGUCCUGAGAUGCAGAGGGCAGAGCUUCUCCAUCACCAGCACAAGGCCCUGCUCUGUGGACACCCAGUAGGCUUCUUGGAGGCCCUGGUCUGCUCACUCAGAAUCCAAAGCAUCAGUUCACGUCUGAGGAAUUGAGUGAUUGCAUAUUUGAGAACAGUUCCUGCUAACGUGGAUCCACUCCCAGAUUCUUCAGGGAGUACAUGCUGGAUCGGUUUGAAGCACUGGGCUUCUCUUUAUUCCUUAUUCAUCUUUCAUCAAAACAAAAACAUGGUUGUGGGAGGCAAAAUGAGUGGGCUUAAAUGAAAUCGAAAGUGUGCUUUAUAUACAAACACUAUCUCUGUAUUGUUCUGAUACUGAUAAAUAUAUUUUAACAAAACUUUAGUUAAGAUGACAAGGAUUAGAAUACUCAUUAAAGAUGAUAUUUUUCAGAAUUGCUUCUUCUGUAUUAUG